AGAGCUGUGCUCGGUGAGAAUAACAGGCAGUUUGGGCGUUUUUUCUUCUUUUUUUCUUCUUCUUGGAGGAGGUUUGUCGCCCUCUCAUCUUUGAUUUUCUUUAUCAGCAGUGCAGGGAACGGGGUUGUUCUCCCAUCAAAAAGAGCGAGGGAUGUGUUCUUCUCAGCGAUGCAUGAACGGCAGUGAAGUCUGUGAGCGAGGCAGCAUCUCGGCGCUGAGACAAAGACCUGCUGCUUAGUGGCGGCGUGUCGUUAAAUUCAGGAAGGGAGCGGGAGUGUGAAGGAGGUGAGUCUGUAGGCAGCAACAGAAGGACUGAGCAGCUCCAUCAGGAGCUUUCCACCCAGCACCACUACCAUCAUCAUCACCGCAGUCACCUUGCUGUGAAAGUCAUAAACCUUCCUCAGGGCUGAUCUCAUCAACUGUCGCAUCCUGGUGAGUUUAAAGAGCUGGAUUUAUUCUGUCGGCGUUUUUCCUCUCUUUAUAUAUCUCUCUCGACAUCUUGGAUUUAUCGAUGAUGUGACGUCCAUUCUUAAUGUGAUGCCAUUGGCUGCAUUGGGUUUUGGAUUCGGUUUCUCUACCUUCCAGCGAGCCUGGCAGCACUGAGCGUUUCUGAUCCUCCAGCUGAAUGAAUGAAUGAAUGAAUGCUUGCAGAAAAUUCAGGGUUUAGAGGGGGAUGCGUGUCAGACUGCCCUGAUUUCUUUCACAGCUGCUGAGAAAAGGACUGGUUGCUUUGUGCGCUGCUUUCCUUAUGUAAUUGUUUCCGUCACCCCGAUCACUCCUGUGCAUGGUCUGCACUGUGCGCCUAGACUUACCUUUGCGAUGAAGGGAACUUAUGGGAGAAAUGCCUAAGGGACGCGAUGGGCCUGAGCGACGACAAGGAUCGCAUUGUGAUAAACGUGGGAGGGAUCAGACAUCAGACAUACCGCAGCACCCUGCGCACUCUACCUGGCACUCGCUUGUCCUGGCUGGCCGAGCCUGAUGCGCCCAACCACUUUGACUAUGAUGCCAAGAUCGAGGAAUUUUUCUUCGACCGCCACCCUGGCGUUUUUGCACAUAUCCUUAAUUACUACAGGACAGGUAAACUGCACUGCCCGGCCGAUGUCUGCGGGCCGCUCUAUGAGGAGGAACUGGCCUUCUGGGGGAUUGAUGAAACAGACGUGGAGCCAUGCUGCUGGAUGACCUAUCGCCAGCACCGGGAGGCAGAAGAGGCCCUUGAUAGUUUCAGCGGGGGGGGCCUGUUAGACCUGGGGAGUGAUGAUCCGGAGCCAGAGCAGGAGCACGCUGAGGAUGAUGUGGAUGAAAUGACGAGAAGGCUGGCUCAGGGAGACUCUCCUGAUACAAGGAAUGGGAGCCUGUGGAGUCGGUGGCAGAAACGGGUUUGGGCUCUAUUUGAGGACCCUUACUCCUCUAAAUAUGCAAGGUGGGUGGCUCUGGCCUCGCUGUUCUUUAUUCUGGUGUCCAUCACCACCUUCUGUUUGGAGACCCACGAAGCCUUCAAUCCCAUCAUCAACCGCACGGAAUGGGACGUGGUGGGCAAUGAAACAGUGAUGAACACCUACCAGGAGACUGAGACCGCCAUCUAUCUCACUUACAUCGAAGGUGUCUGUGUGGUGUGGUUCACGUUUGAAUUUCUAAUGCGAAUAACUUUCUGCCCAAAUAAAUUUGACUUCAUUCGGAAUGCGCUGAACAUCAUCGACUUUGUGGCCAUCCUUCCCUUCUACCUGGAGGUGGGCCUAAGCGGCCUCUCCUCCAAAGCAGCUAAGGAUGUGCUGGGUUUCCUGAGAGUGGUCCGCUUUGUGCGGAUCCUGCGUAUCUUCAAGCUGACCCGUCACUUUGUUGGGCUGAGGGUGCUGGGCCACACGCUGAGAGCCAGCACCAAUGAGUUCCUGCUCCUCAUCAUCUUCCUCGCUCUCGGUGUCCUCAUCUUCGCCACUAUGAUCUACUACGCUGAACGGAUUGGAGCUAACCCCAAUGACCCAAGAGCCAGCGAGCACACGCACUUCAAGAACAUCCCGAUUGGAUUCUGGUGGGCCGUGGUGACCAUGACGACCCUUGGCUAUGGAGACAUGUACCCUCAGACGACCUCCGGUAUGCUGGUUGGAGCUCUGUGCGCCCUGGCAGGUGUGCUGACCAUCGCCAUGCCCGUCCCCGUGAUUGUCAACAACUUUGGAAUGUAUUACUCGCUGGCGAUGGCAAAACAGAAACUACCAAAGAAAAAGAACAGGCAUAUCCCUCGGGCACCCCAACCAGGCUCUCCUAACUUCUGCAAGACAAGCAUCAGCUCCCAGCAUCAGAGCCCCAUUGCCCAUGACGAUGUUUUCGAGAUAAAGUUUCAAGAUUCUAAACUGAAUGGUGAGGCAGCUAACGCAGCUCUGGCCAAUGAAGAUUGCCCUCAUAUAGACCAGGCCAUAUCUCCGGAGGAAAUCUUCAGCCCCAGCGAGAGAGAGCGGCCCUGCUUCCUGGUCACCACUACUACUGAACGCCCCAACCACACAGGGGGCAGAGUGAGGAGGGGUUAUGAAAAGCCUUGGAGCCUUAACAGCAUGUCUGGCAUGAGCGGGGAUGCCUCUGGAGUGUCCUCAGUGUCCGCCCUGCCCUGCAGCCCACCCUGUCUAAUGCAGCACUCACAUUCUCCCAUCCCAUCCAUUAUGUAGCAUGGUUGAGUAGCAGAUACAAUGCCAUUGGAAGGCCAGUCCACACUUCUUAUAUUUCCUGUCAGAUUUUGCUUUCACACUUGCCUUCACACCUGCUUUUGUUUCUUUUUCUUUUAAAAUUAUUAUUAUUUUAUGUUUAUUUUUCUGGAAAAUUGUAUCUUAACUGUGCUUAUACUCAAGCUUCCCAAGUGUUCUCCUUGGGUGUGUCAUCAUAUCAUAGACUAGAAAACAUUGGCACAUGCCACUCUGCAUGGGUCACCUCAGUUGCAGACAAAGCACCGUUCUACUUCUUACCACAGGCUAACCACACUCUUUUCCUUGUGUUUACAUCAUUGCCUGUUGCUCUGUUGCUUUUGAUCUCUCAUUCUCUUCUGCCAAUAACUUAUCUCAUUUGCUUUUUUGGUUUUGGUUUUUUGUUUUUCAGCAACUUUUUUUGUGAAAUAAAUUUUCAUAAGAUGUAACCCCUGCCAAUAAUAUGCUGGACAUUAAUUAUACAAGGCUUUUAAAACAUAUCCAAAAGCUGUUAAGGGAACUUCUCUUAAGUGCUUUGUACGUUGCAAAGUAGAGACGUCAUUCUGAAAGUGCAGUCCAGAUAAUGUUACCCGAGUGGCCAUUAGAAAAAAAAAAAUGAACAUGCUGUUCAUGAUGUCCGAUGCAAUAUGGAGAUGAUGACAAUUCCUAUGAUGCCAGUGAUGAAUACAUCUAAUGUCAACAGAACUAAAACUGUUCAUUUGCAUGAACUGCAUGAGAAAUUAUGUUCAACAAGAAGCUAACUGUAUCGCAAUUACCUGUAAGGAGAAAAAAAAAGUUUUUCUUUCAAAAGCUUCAUAAGCUUUGUCAUUUUUAUGCAUUUUGAAACAGCUUUACAAGAGACUCAGUCAUAGCAGAGGUUUUUAUGUAGCCACCAUUCUUUGCCUUUCCCCAAAUUCAUAUAUUUAUUUUCUUGUAUUUAUUUGACUGGGGCCUCCAACGGAAAAAAAAAUAGCGUGAUUUAACUUGAACAAUCUGUCAUAAAGCCAACUAAUGCUGUUAUGAGCAUAAAUAGUUUUUAUACAAAUAUAUUUACUGGUAGUUACGAGUUUUUAAAGGGUAUCGGUAGACUGCCACCACGUCUAUACUGCUGUGCUGCUAAAUUAAGGCAGGACUCAUGAAUUACGAAACAACGGUGCCUUCAUACCUGGAGAGGCAAAGUAAAAGCGAGUAAUAAAUUGACAUGAUAUUAACAUAAGUGCUCCCAGUGUAGCAUCAUUACACUUUAUUCCAUGCUCAUAACAGUGUAACAAAAGCUUUAUUUAUAGGGUGAACCUUGUACCUUUUGCACCACCCUCGUUCCCUUAAUCACAGUUUAAAAAAAAUAGUCCUCUUGGUUAUUGUUGUUAUACCAUUGAACACAUAUUAGGACUGAAUCUUUAGUAGGGAUACAUAGCACCAAGCAAAAAAAAGAAGCACUAAAAAAAAGAAAACUUUAAAAAACGACUCAUUAGUCCCCACGUCUUUUGUAUAAUAAAGCACAAAAUAUAAUUAAAGGGGACCAGGCAACUCCACAGAGCCAAAAUAUAUUGAGUUAGGAUCAGUGGGAGAUGUCACGAUGACUCGUGCAGUAUGUAUGUCUAUUGGUUAAAACAUCAAUACUGUUACUGUUACAUGUAUUGAUACUGUCCCAAUAAUUAUGCACAAAUUUUUCAGGGCACUUUAACAAAUUUCUUCUUUUUUUUUCCUUUUUUGUUUUGUUUUGUUGACCAAUCAGAAAUGUUCAUUUCUAGAAGAAGAUAGGCAAAUUAUAGCAACUAGUUUUUGUUUUUAUUCUGAAUGAGCAGAGUUUUACAUUUUUUGAGUCAUGUCUCUUGUGGUAAUUAAUGGAUGUUAUAUAUUUAAAAAAACAACAACAACAACUUGUUAAGAUUUGAUGUGAAGAGAUGCAGGUGAAUUAUAUGCUCAUGCAAUUCAAGUGGAGGGGUGGGAAGGAAAAAAAGUACAGUGAGACAUAGCAUGGGCUGUGGGUUUACUUGGGG